UGAAUCACUGCACUGCCUGUGCCUAUCACCUGGAGGCAUAGAGGCUCCGUCUGCAUCGACACACUCCUGCGUGCAUCCGACGUAGCUCGCUGGACUAACUUUUCUGGAGCAACUCCCCCUCGAAUGUGUAGUUUGUGUGGUCUUUGUCCGCAGUUCGGACUGCUAGAGGGUAAGGCGAUGGGGACAAGGUAGCUGCUAGCUAGCUCGUGUGAAGGUCGGAUUGCACACUGCAAUAUCGGAUGUUCUAAUGGUGUGAGGGGAGCUAGCUAGUUUAAUAGGGUUGAACAAGAGAAACGCUGAGUUGGAUGUAGCAACUGCAUACUCCCUCGUUACGAACAGACUGCUCGAGUGCCUGAUUUGCUACAUUGAGCGGAGAGAACAGGACGAGAGAAACUUUCCCCAGGCUUGACGCAGAAGCAAACAUGCCGAUGACCCUGACAGAGUUCCUUGCGUCGGGAUCCUUUAUAAUCCUGCUGCUCGCCUCCUGGUCCAACAGCUUUUCCUUGUCUCCGGAAGAGGCCAACCAAUUCCUCAGGAGACACAGGCGAGCUUAUCAAGUUUUCGAGGAGACGAAGCAAGGACACCUGGAGAGAGAGUGUGUGGAGGAGAGGUGUAGCAAGGAGGAGGCGAGGGAAGUGUUUGAGAACGACCCUGAAACAGAUUACUUCUAUCCAAAAUACCAAGCGUGUGUGGAGAAGUUUGGAGACUCUGAGAAGAAGAAGCAGGACUUGAUCACCUGUGUUCACAACAUUCCAGACCAGUGCUCCCCCUCUCCCUGUAACCCCAGAGGUACGGUGCGCUGCGAGGACAAAAAGGGCGACUUCCUCUGUCACUGCUUCACAGGGUGGACUGGAGCAAGGUGUGAGAUAGAUGUGGAUGAGUGCGGCAAGAGGAACGGAGGGUGUGACCACGGCUGUAACAACACCUUGGGAAGCUACCGCUGCUCCUGUCACCAUGGUUACACGCUGGUGGGACGCCACAUGUGCAAUGAUGUGGAUGAGUGUCAUGACCCAGGUGUGUGUGGAACAGCGCGGUGUGUGAACGAGGAGGGCACCUACGACUGUCUGUGUGAGACAGGCUACGUCUACGACAAUCAGACCAAGAGCUGCCUAGAUGUGGACGAGUGUUUGGAAGGCGUUUGCGCGGAGGAGUGUGUGAACACACCGGGAAGCUUUCGGUGUUUCUGCGACGGUCGCCAGGGGAAAAAGCUGGGUAGAGAUCUCAGGAGCUGCCAGGCCAUCGCCCCCUGCAUGUCCCAGAUGAUGAGCAGGAACCCACGCUCUCUCUACCUGGGCCGCAUGUUCAGCGGCGUGCCCGUGGUCAGGCUGCGCUUCCGCAGGAGGGUCCCCACCGGGUUCUCAGCCGAAUUUGACUUCCGGACCUUCGAUCCGGAGGGGGUCAUCUUCUUCGCCGGGGGUCACCUGAACAGUUCCUGGAUCGUCCUGGCGAUACAUGAUGGGAAGCUGGAGCUGCAGCUGAAGUACGGGCUGGUGAGCCGCGUGACGAGCAGCGGUCCCACGGUCAACGACGGCCAGUGGAGAAAGAUCUCUGUGGAGGAGCAAGGGCGGAGCCUGGUGAUCAAGAUCGACCGGGAGGCGGUGAUGAAGAUCGCGGUGAACGGAGACCUGUUCACGCUGAAGAAAGGCAUGCACGAGCUCAACCUGACCGUAGGGGGCGUCCCCUUCAAAGAGGACGGACUCGUCAACCAGGUGAACCCUCGCCUGGACGGCUGCAUGAAAGACUGGCGCUGGCUGACCGGAGAAGACACGUCCAUCCAGGAGACCAUCAGCUCUAACGACAACAUGCAGUGUUUCAGCAGAGAGGACCCCGGGGCCUACUUCCCUGGGAGCGGCUUCGCCCUCUACAACGUCAGCUAUGCAGAGACUCAGACCUUGAGUGUCCAGUUGACCCUACGGCCCGCCUGCAGCAUAGGGGUGCUGUUUGCUCUCGUUCACCAAGACAGUGUCCCCCUCUCUAUCUCUCUGUCCGAUUAUCACCAGGGGUUGGACGAGUGGCGGGAGUUUGUUCUGGUGACGGUGGGUGAUGUCAUCGUGGCUAGCGCGCCGGCCUUCCUGUGUGACGGCGAGAGUCAUGUGAUCAACGUCACAGUCGCGGGGAACCUGACCUUGCUGGAGGUCGACGGCCAAUCGGGUCGCAGCGAACAAGGCCAGGAACCUGUUGACCUCCAAUUACCGUCCAGCACCUUUAUAGGAGGCCUCCCAGACGUCCCGCUGGUGUCCACCCUGGUGUCGGCUUUCUUCAGCGGCUGCAUGGAAGUGACGGUGAACGGGCGGGCGCUGGACCUGGACGAGGCCUCCCACAAGCACAACGACAUCCGCUCUCACUCCUGCCCCCUGCUGGGGAACAACUUGUGACCCCGCUCCCCCAGGGUAGACCGCGACGGGGCGCCGCGGUCCACUAGAACCCACAGGGCCUUAUCCUGAGCGAGCGCCACACACACCCCAGCCCCCAGACUAGCUGAACUGAACCCCCCUCUCCCCAAAGAAGCCAAGCCGGGAUGAUGGGGGGGGGUGGCUGGGUAUGUAGGUGGGUGGGUGGAAGGGUGGGUGCUGGGAAUCCGGUAGAUAGGUAAAGUAGGCGCAAGGUGCUCUCCUGUUAGUAAACCUUGCACUCUGUUGCAGAUAGAAAUGGAAUUUGCCCAUCGUUCAGUGCACUACUAUACUCCAAGCCUACCUGCAACCUUGAUCCUCAUUGUGCCUACAAAUGACAACCAAAGCCUUCUCCAUCGAUCCCUUCAAAACUCUCCCAGAAGCCUCUCUUGUUACCCACACAGCCACACCCCUAUCCACCCCUAUCCACCCCCCCCCCACCACACCUCUGACCCCCCCUCCCCCAAUAAACACCUUCACAGAUACAGAAUAUUUAGUACAUACUUUUAACCAAUCAGACAUGUAUUUUUGGAACUGGGAAUCACAAAAGCAAGAUAUCACAACAGCACAUAGGGCAGAGAGGGUCCAAGCACUGCAACACACCACCACACCACACAAGCUACUGACAGAGAGGUACAGAGAGAGAGAGAGAGAGAGAGAGAGAGAGAGAGAGAGAGAGAGGAAGGAUUGCGCUGUAAUAUACGAUGUGUGUAAAUAUUACGUGACUGUACAAUGCUUUUUAGAAAACGAAACCCUACCUGAAAGUCGACAUCGUUUCAUUCAAUCAGAGGGUUCGAAUACGUUCGAGAAAUCGUUAUCUUGCAGAAAGCCAAUCAAGGGCUCCAGUAUUAUAUUAUCUCUUCCGUUUAUUGUAUUCUUUGGUUUAAUAAUGAAUGCAUUUUGGAAUGUAGAGGUUGUAUUUGUGUUGUUUUUUUGUAAUCUUUUAUGUUGUAUAUUGAACUUUUGUGUUGUGUAUUUUUUAUUAUUUCCCACUUGUAUCGCCCGUCUACUGUAUGGCGCAUACAGAGGUCCACCUCGGAGUUUGAACUUCUCUCUUCAGUCAAAAAUGAUUUGCAGACAAAUAAAGAUGAAUCUAUAAAAGGUA